AUGAUACUUCAUUGGUUCCUUCUAGCCUGUGCUCCCAUCACAUCAAAUGAGCAAAAGACGGUGUUUGGUGCCCAAUGGACACAUUAUCCAAUCUUUUUCAUCCAGUCCAUUUACACAAUUGAAGUCAUCGGAAAAAUUAUUUCAUAUGGACUUGUGCUGCCGCCUACAUCCACCCCACCUUCCUUAUGGACAUACUUGAGAAGCAAGCUUUUGCCUGUACAGCAAGACAGCAACCCAAAUGAAAAUGAAACUGCAUCCAAACUUGAAUUCAUCAGACACCAUCGGGCUUAUUUAAACAGUUUUGGAAACGUGUUGGAUGCAAUUUCAGUGCUUUCAUAUUGGGUAGAUUUUGUGUUCAUGAUAUAUGGAUAUCAUUAUAUCUCAUUGUUUAAAUCAUUAGGUGCUCUAAGACCUAUUCAUUUACUAUCCAUCUUACCCGGUACUGCAGUCAUUUUAAAAUCAUUAGAAACAAGUUGGGAUAUUUUAUUGGCUGUUUCUGGAUUGAUCUUUUUCUUUUUGCUCUUGUUUGCCCUUUUUGGUCUCAUCUCUUUUCAGGGCAUUUUCUCUAGACGGUGUUAUUAUACUGGUGCUGAUAAUGCUUUGCAACUAGUAGAACCCGCUCGGUUUUGCUCAGGAUACAUGAAUGGAUCCACAAUUACAGGUGCUUACAAUCUGGAAACGGGUGAAACAAGUUAUCCGGGGUACCAUGGAUUUAUAUGUAAUGCAGGCCAAAUUUGUAUGGAAGACCCAGUCAAUAACCCGCAAAGCGGAUUUGUUAAUUACGACAACAUUUUCUUUUCAUUACUCAGUGUCUAUACCUUUGUGUCAUUGGAAUUGUGGACCGAUCUCAUGUAUCAAACACAAGAUGCAGAUUCAACUGUUGCUGCCUUAUAUUAUUGUCUGGGUGUCUAUAUUCUCGCGUUUGUAUUAACGUUUUUACUAUUUGCUGUUAUCACUUCGGCGUUUGCACGUGUUCGUGCCGUCAGCUCUGUGAGUGCAUUUACUGCAAAGAAGAAAGGCUACCCAGUUUUACGAGAUGCUGAGGGACUUGAUGACGAAGCCAUGUGGAUGUUUGAUAACCCACCAGAGGAGCUGGGACGCGGUAUGACUCGAGUAAAACUGAGGUGGUGGAUUGUGAGGCUAGUGAAGAGUAGGACAUUUUUUUACUUUGGAGGAUUCUUGGUAUUGUUUGAUAUGGUCUUCAUGUGCCUCCGGUCAUUUUAUGCCAGCGAGCAUUUACUGGAGUUGAUUGAUAAUGCGGAAACAAGUUUCACGUUUGUUUUUGCCGUCGAGAUUAUAUUAAGAACAGUGGGCGCCGCAAGCUGGAUGAAUUUUUGGUCGACAAAACGUAAUUUAUUUGACUUGUUCUUGGUCAUCAGCACAUGCGUGAUACAAUUGCCGAUGAUUCAAGAUUCUUGGGUGUACAAGUACCUAACAAUUUUUCAGAUACUGAGAAUGUAUCGGCUAUUCAUUUGUAUACCUCGUGUGAGGAGUCUCCUAUCUGCUGCUUUAGGAACGGGUGAAAGUGUACUCUACGUCAUGGUCUUUCUGGUAUUGGCAACCGCGUUAUGUGCUACGGUAUUUAUGCAGAUGUUUGGUGGUGAUUACGGCGAUGUCUUAGAUAUCUCGGAAUCCGGUAAUCGUUUUGAUACAUUUUGGGAAUCGUUCGUUUCCUUAAUUGUAGUCUAUACUAGUGAAACAUGGACAGCUGUACUAUAUAAUGCUAUGGCCAGUCAAACCGGGCAAGGAUCCAUCUAUGCUGCCAUCGCUUUAUCAUUUUAUUUUGCAUUUGGUAGAUACAUCAUGUCUGGUCUUUACAUUGCGGUCGUUCUAGAGAAUUUUGAAUUAAGCGAUGAUUAUAUACGUCAUUACCAAAUCAAGGAUUUCAUUCAUAGACAUAGAUUUAAAGACACAGACAGAACCGAAACAAUUCUGUUAAAAUUGUUUCGACCCUUCUAUUAUCAUAAUGAAAACAAGACUGUUCAGAUACCAAAAUUACCAGCCAAUUUAACAGCUCCCUUGACACAAGCCGAUUUGACCGAAUUAUUGACUGAUUUACCAAAAACCAAACCUAAUCGAGAAGAACUGAAAACGCCAACAUGGAUUGAAAGGAAAAUUACAGUCUUAUAUUCCAAACUUAGACAGCGUAUCCCAUUUCUUCAAAAAAAGACGAGUAUAAAAGCAGCUCCUAUAAAUCCGUUUAUGCAGGAUGCAGAAGAGGCACCCGAGGAUUACGAUAUAAUUGCUGCUGAGGAAAAUCGUGAAGCCGUAAGGGAAAGUACGCCUGUUGUUAGCUCGUUAUUUCUCUUUUCAACCCGAAGUCGAGUCAGAUAUUGGUGUAAGCAACUAGUAGGCUCUAGCGAUAAUGGACAAGCGGAAAAACAAAAUCUUUUCAAUUGGAUUGUAAUGGCUUGUGUGUUUGUCAGCAUUCUCAUGGUAAUUCUAGACGAACCUUCAACAAGACUGAUUCGAAAAGAUACUUUAAAACAGGAGACGUACAACACUAUAGAAAUCGCUCUCAGUGUGGUAUUUUUGCUAGAACUGGCUAUCCGUAUUAUUGCAGAUGGAUUUUUAUUAACACCGAAUGCUUAUUUGCGAAAUCAUUGGAAUCAGUUAGAUAUCUGCGUUAUCGUGUUGAAUAUCAUCACUAUUUUUAUGGGUUCUGAAGAAGCACCACGAGGUUUGAGCACAUUUCGUAGUCUUCGUAUUUUACGAUUGAUCCGUUACUUUAAUGGUGUCCGUGACAUUUUUGUAUCCUUAUUUUAUGCUUUCCCUCUCAUGUUGGAUGCAUUGAUAUUCACGUUUUUAGUGUUGAUCCCAUUUUCAAUUUAUGGUGUUAACAUUUUUGGUGGUCUAAUGUGGUUAUGUAAUGACGAUUCGGUAUUAACGCGAGGAGAAUGUAUUGGUGAAUAUUACAACAAUAUCAGUAGCGACGACGACAUCGAGGUCAACAUGUGGAUUCCGCGUGUAUGGCAGAACCCGGAAAACGGAUUUUACUCCUAUGACAACUUUCCUUCGGCUUUACAGCAUUUAUUCUCAUUGACAUCCACAGAAGGAUGGGUCGACUCUUUGUUUAGUGCUAUGAGUACACCAGAUGACCCGGAUUAUCAGCCACAGUUUAAUUGGGGCCCUAAGGCAGUAUAUCAUAGUAUUUUCUAUAUCGUCUUCAUGAUUAUUUCGCAAGGAACCAUUCAAUUGUUUGUCGGCGUAAUCAUUGAAAAAUUCAAAGAAAGAAGUGGCAUUACAACGCUAACAACCGCUCAAAGACAGUAUUGUGAUCUCCAACGUUUAUUAGCAAAUGUAAAACCGACUAUCAAGGUGUUAAAACCCAAGACAAAAAUUGGACGGUUUUGUCAUGAUUUGGUGAUUGAGAAGCAUGGAAAAUUUAACCGAUACUGUUUAGUUCUGGCUGCUUUUCGUCUCGGCGAAGGCAUUGAUUCCCUUCAAACCCUCUAUCAUACUAUUGCUAAAUCGAUGCCUUCCAUCAUCCAAGUGUCGGCGGUGUUUAUGGUUUCCAUGUGUUUGUUUGCGAUGUUAUUUAUGGAAUUUUUCGGCCUAACAAAAUAUGGUAUCUACGGUACCGCGCAUACAAACUUUCGGGACUAUGGCAAUGCAUUGUUAUUACUUGUUCGUGCGACAACAGGAGAAGCUUGGAAUGCUAUAAUUGUGGAUUAUACCGUCACGUAUCCCAACUGUAUUGCGUCUUCAAAUUAUCUUGAAGAUGAUUGUGGAUCACCAUUUUGGGCAUACUUUUUGUUUAAUGUGUUUUACAUUGUUUGUACACAUAUCUUUAUGAACUUGUUUACAGCGGUUAUCAUCAGCAACUUUGAAUACGCCUAUGAGACAAGAACUCGGUUCACUAAUAUCACAAAAGCUGAUCUCCGAAUGUUCAAACAUGCAUGGGCAGAUAUUGAUACACAAGGAACAGGAUACAUCCAAAAAGAAGAUGUAGCAAAACUACUUCGAAAAAUGACGGGCCGGUUUACAUUUAAAAUUUAUGACGAUUCGUUCAGUAUAGAAAAUCUUACUAAUCUCGGUAGAAGAUCCAAGACUGGUGAGAAAUCCAUCUCUGCUUCCGCUAGUCCAAGAUCUCCUGGCGUCAAAAGUGGUUACAGUAGUGGAUACAGCAACGCAGUUUUGGAUGUUGACAUUAAAGCAAUGAACAAGUGUCUUAGUAAAUUAGAUGUCGAAGCGACUAGGAAAAAGAGGCUGGAAUAUAACCUCUAUUACAAGGAAAUUUUGAGAACAGAAACGUCAAGAGGAAUCCCUUUUGCAAGCGUACUGACAAUCAUGUCAUAUCGAUUUAUCAACAUCUCAACAUCCCUAAGACUUGAUCCACUUAUUGCACGCUUAGAAAAAAUCGAACAGCUUACUCAAGAAUAUCAUUUAGAAAAAGCUGCUGGUUUCUUUAUUUCACAAAUUAAGAAAAGACGUUUUAUCAAACAGUUAUGGAAGAAGCGAGACGAAGAUGAAGUUAAGAAAUUGGGCGUAACGAACUCUAGUCAUUUUGAAUUUGGUUCGCCCUCUUCUCAAAUGGACAGCCCCAUCAACUUUUUGAAUAAACCCAAAGAACGGCAAAAGAAAUCAUCAGCCAAUGUUCCCCGUAUUGUGAUUGAUAAUGUCUCGGGUGUGACACCCCAAUCAUCACCAAUGACCACUGGAACGGCAAGUAUCCCUGUUUCCCCCAUGUCGACCUCAUCCAUGGAUAACCAAUACGACCCGACAUACUCUGGUGGGGGAUAUUCACUAGCAGUAGCCCCGGGAACGUCGAGUAUACCUUCAUCACCAAUGACAGACUUUGAAGCCUCUGGACGCUUGGGCAAUGGAUUAUCGCCCUAUUCACCUUUUCCUAAUUUAAGCCCUGCUUCUAGGCAAAACUGGUUAUUGAUUGAUGGAAAUGGAGAAAUGCCAAUAGAUAUAUCUGAUGGUUUGAUGGAGUCUAUGAACCAUAGUAUCUGGUCUGGUAAGGUCCCUUUAUAUGAGCAACUCAUAUACACAGUGCUAACUCUUCUUUAUAGACAUGCUGAGGGAUGA